AUGGCCACGGCGACGUCUUCCCAGUGCCCCGAUCAGCCACCGGCCCACGACCCGUCAUCACUGUUACACACGACCGAUGUCGUACCACCAACGGCACCCGACGAGCAACGCCCACCCUCCCAGGCCGACGGCCAGCUCCCGCCAAAUCACACAGAAGAUGCCGCCAUGGCCCUGCGCAAGCUGCUCAAAGGCAAAGAAGAGGAGUGGAGUGCCGUCUCGAGGCGCACCGGUCGAUUAACCCUGCUCGAGCUCCCCUUUGACAUAUUGCGGCUGAUCGUCAACGAGAUCACACAUACAAACGACCUGACCUCCCUCGCCUUGACGAAUUCGACCCUUCACAAUCUCGCCGUUCCACACAUCUACUCUCGCUUCGAUAUCGUGUGGCCUGACGCCACCCAGCUUGCCCAAUCUGAUUCCAAAAGCGUCGAUGCCCUCACCUAUGGCUUAUCAACCCUCUGUCUGGGCAGCAACUUUGCUGUGCGCGCCCAGAAGAUGUUCUCGCCGAAGCGCAGGGGCGGGUCGCCUCCCAUGGCACGCCUGCACAACGACUACGCUCGAUACAUCAAAAAGUUCUCCUUGGGCAACGGCCCCGAUGACUGGGUCGCCGAGUACAUGAUUACAAAGGAGAGCGGCAAAAUGCUAGGAACCCUCGUCGCCCUGGCCGUCGCCAAGAUGGCAAGCCUCGAGACCUUUGUCUGGGACAUGCCCACCGGCGUCCUCUCCGACAUCUUCAUGGCCUUGGCCUCCAUUCAAGACCGCGAUCCGGAUGAGCAGUCCAAGCUCGAGCGCGUCUGGGUGCGCUGGCACGACAACGCCGAUGCGUCGGCCUCCUCGUCCUCGACCAGCCCCAGCUCGUCCAUAGAGACACAGGGCGUCGUGCCCAUCGGCAGUACCUUGACGCCCAUCGGCAUUCUCAUUCCGUCGACGGCGUCGCAUCCUCGCCCCAGAGCGCCUAUCCCUUUCGCCGAAAGCCGCGUCGAGUUUCCGACAUUCAGUGUCCUGCCACCGCUGAGGAGUCUGUCUGUUCUUGACAUCGAUGAGCUCUCUUAUCUCGACGAGCUCGCUGUUGCCAUCGGGAACUCGCACGAGAACCUGGAGGAGCUGCGCGUGGGCAUCUCCGCCAAGGCGGCACACUCCGACUUUGUCCAGACGUGGGAUGGCCCGGGCUUGCACCAGGUCGACCACAAUGCGCGAUGGCCCGGCGAGAGCACCAUCGGCGAUCGCAGGUUGGGCGGCGUCCUGGGGGUGCUGGUAGGCAAGCUCUACGACAUUCGCAGAAAGUCUGCAUCCAGAUCCAGGGUCAAAAGCGCCCUCGCGCCGGCCAGUCUCGAAGCUGUUUCGCCGGCGCCCGACGCUGCUACAGUCUUUGGCGAUGAUGCCGCGCCCACUGACCCUCACCAAGAAGUCGCUGUCCAGGGAGACGAACCAAGCCCAGUGUCCGCAGUCGACGAAGCAGCAGACAUGAACCUUGCGAGCCCUUCGCCUGUUGACCACGUUCCUGGAACAGACUCGACGGCUGACCUUGGACCCCGAAUCUCUACAGCACCGCAUCGUGAGCAGUUGCAACGGUCGAAUGACGACCAGACAAUACGAACACGACUCGAUGGCAAGCUGAAGCUCAAAACACUGGAAUUGGAGCGCGUGCCCCUAUCGAUCCAGGUCUGUACAAAGGCAAUCGACUGGACUGUCCUCACGAGCUUGACCAUUUUGGAGUGCGCUCAACACGAGACCCUGUGGAAGGUUCUCCGCAAGCAAUUCCAGCCGACGCCUCCAGUGACGUCAGGUCACGAAAACGGCAGCUCUCCCAAGCCCUCGGCGCUGACUCGAGUACAAUACCAUCUCAACGUGAAGAAGAUCCACACGGACAUGGCAUCACUGCCUCUCAUCAACUUUAUCAAAGAUACCCUGGAACAGAACAGUCUUGAAGUCUUUUUCCUCCAAGACAGGCGGCGGUCUGUACCUCCGGCUGUGACCAUCUCGCAAAUCUUCAAGGGCGCCAUCAAACGCCACCGCUCUAGUCUUCGCAAGGUCCUCCUCGACAGCUCUGAAUACAAGGCCCCCCACGGCAACCUGCCCGAGAGUUUCCGAUGGCUCAACUGGACCGCCACCACGGAGAUGCUCCUCUACAUGACGAGCGGACGCAUGGUCAGCCUGCGCGAGUUGUCUAUGUCUCUACAGUAUCGCGACUGG